AUGGAGAGCAAUGGUGAAUGGAAUGACCUUGAUGAAGAAUUGACAAAAAAAUACGUCUGUAAAAGAAGUGAUGAAUGCAUUGACAUUGACAAUUGUGAUCAAGUAUGUUGUACUACCAGUUCGGACCAUUACUGUGAGGGUGAAUGCGAUUAUGAUUACGGGUGCCCUAACUCUACUGAUUGGACAACAUGUGAAAGAGCAUAUGACCUUGUUAGACAGGAUGGAUACGAGAGAAGAUACUGUCAAGAUGAUUUGGUACUGGAUUCCGGUCAUAUAGAAUGUUCCAGUAAUUAUACACAAGAAAAUCCAAACAAGGGUAUGCAUGAUUGUACUGAACGAGACUAUACAAACGUCAUUCUUCAACAUGGAGACAGAUUUGUGGUGACCGCUAGAAGUAUUAAUGGUGGGAGAAUCGAUAUUAGUAAUAAAGAUGACAUUGACAAUAUAGUAGUUGAUAGGUAUUAUUAUAAUGGUAAUGGCGUCGACGGAACUGUCGUUUUUGUCGUUGACUUGGAUAAGCCAUACCAUUGCUCAGAAAAUUCAAAUUGUAAUGAUAACAUGCUAGAUGUGGGUGAUCCUUAUACAACAAAUGAAAACCUCAGUGUAACGUGGUCUGGGUGGAUAGACGAUGCAUCAGGUUUGAACGGCUUUCAUUGGCAGAUAUAUCUUCUUGUUGCGACGAACUCUAAUGAGCUCAACUACGUUUAUCCCGCCUUGGAUGAAGGUUACUAUGAUGCACAUUCAGUCGGAUGUAAUGUGUCAUUACCAAAUGCAGGAGUAUACUGUGUUCUCUUAACGGUCGAUGACGUGGCGGGAAGCUAUUGCAUUGCACGACGAUUUAUAACAUUUGACAAUGAAAAUGUCGUUAAAAUUCACGAUAAAGAAUCACCUAUCGUAGUUGAGUCCGCUAUAACAAAUCCAAGUAACAAUGACAUAUGGCAAACCGAUCUUCAGGAUAAACACCACAAUGGAAAUCAGGUUCAUAUUGUAUGGAAUGAUCACUUCCGCAAUACACAUCACGAUUUAAACAGUUAUUUGGGUUCCAUAGCAGCACACGUUCCGGACAUUCCCGAACCCUACGAAGAAAAAACUGGACAACCGCCGACGAUCAGAUCACGUGAAGCCAUACCUGGGGUGAAUGGCAUUGCUAAAACAGAAACAGUUUACGCAGUUGAUCAUCAAGGAGGGGAGAGUAUUAUUGAACCUCCAGAUUUGUGGUCAGAUGUCCCAAAUUUUCCAAUCGAAGAACAAUAUUUCGAUAUUGAAAGGGUAGAUGGUGAUUCCGUUCGUGUAUGGAUCCAAUCUUAUGACAUCAUUGGUAACUCUGCUGUAGAUGAAGUAUUAAUUCAUGUAGAUUCCUCUCCGCCUAAUAUCUUUGAUGUAGAACUAACGGAAGAUAAAGUACACCAACUUGCAGUGAACGACUCAAUAGGCCGAUAUUAUAUGCAUGUGACGUUUCGAACAUUUGACCAACAUAGUGGGCUGUUUGACAUUAAAUGGGAAUUGAGGGAUAUGGCAGAAAUUACAGAGAUAAUUGCCAGUGGCACAGUGGCUGUACAGAAACAGGAUGGCGAGUGUGAGUCUAAAUCUUGUAUCUGUAUUCCAAAGGGAGAGUGUUACGAGACCCAAUAUGCCAUACAUUUAGACGACAAGUUUCUCAAUAGUGACUGUGAUUACAUAAUCAGCAUUAUUGUCAGAAAUAAUGCAUUUUUGGUGUCGAGCGUUAACUUUCAGAACAGUCGUCAUCUGCUAUCAUUGGCAUUCUGGUGUUAG